AUGAAAGUUCUCGUUAUUGGGUCUGUCAAAUUUUCGUGUACAUGUAGCUCUUGGUGGCUCAACACAUUUCCACACCUGUCUAGUGCGACUGGUAUGAUUGGCCGACCCAUUGCCCAAGCUCUGAGCCGGGCAGGUCAUAUAGUGUAUGGACAGACACGGUCAGCGUCCAAGGCCAAACAGCUUUCUGCGGGAGAAAUUUUUCCUGUCAUUGGUGACCCCGCAUGUCCUGAGAAUUGGAUUGACAUCGUCCAGAAUAUAGACAUCGUAAUUGACGCUGUUGGAGGCGAGAACUCUGCAACGAUUGCACCAAGCCUGCAUAAGGCCGUCUCGGAUGCUGCUGCACGCCGGCCGCCGGGGACGCCACCGCUCACAUACAUCUACACAUCGGGGAUGUGGGUGCAUGGUGAUGAUCGAGCAACGAUUGUCACAGACGGGUCGCCGAUCGUGUCUCCAUUGCGGCUUGUGGCUUGGAGACCAGCAGUCGAAGACGUAAUCCUGCGUAGCAGCGGCGCUGUCAGAGGAAUAGUGAUACGUCCAGGGUUACUAUAUGGACAGGGAGGCUCUCUUUUUGCUGCGCUGUUUGCGAGCGCAGCGAAGGGAAACAUAGUUUGGCCUGGUGCGCCAGGGGGACGAUAUGCAACUGUGCACGCAGAUGAUUUGGCUGAUCUAUAUGUGCGUGUCGUUGGGCAUGCAGCAGCGCUCGGAGGAUUGGUGUUCGAUGCGACGAGGGAGCACAGCGAGUCGGUGGAUCUGCUGCUGCUGAGGAUGGCGGAGGUGUCCGGUGCAGAGAGGUAUGAGUACAAGAAGCCAACGAAUUUGCUAGAGGAAGCCCUGAGUGCAACGAUAAUCGCACGACCGACACUUGCACGUACUAUGCUAGGGUGGGAGUCGCAUAAGCCAGACUUGGUGGAUGGGCUAGAGAUGUACUACGCUGCGUGGAAGGCGAGGCAAGGAGAAGUUGCCAGCUGA